UAAGGACAUCAGAUUAACUAACAGUGGCUAGAUGGUGCUAAUAAAAAUUGAAUUUGGGGGGAAAAAACCAGUGGCUAGAUGGUGCCUUUGCUUUCACUCCCUUGGGAAACAAGAAAAGAGCUAUUCAAAUAUUUUGAUAAGACAUUUUAAUGAUGUUAACCACAUGGGCAACUAAUCUGUUCUAUAAAAGCAAUCUAACAGAUUUGCAUAAUAUCUCAAACAGCUCAUAUAUCUCUGAUAGCUGGACAUUUGAGAUAAUUGCAUUGGGAGGCAUUGUCUGAGAAACUGUCUAGUUCAAAGCAGCAUGUUCUUUUUGUGUAUGUAAUAGCAGCUGCUUAUUUAUGUUAUAAAACUAGUUUUGUGCACCUGUCUUCUUAACAGAACAGAUAGCACCAGAUUUCCUGCACAUAAUCGUCCUGAAGGAUCAAACUUUUUUAAUAGUUUAAUAUGGAGUACAGCUAUUGCACAGGGGAUUACAAAGUGAGAGUGGAUUAGCUGGGCUUGGUGCACCAAGUUUGCCCGAAUAAGGGUAGCAACCAGUGCUUUGAGGUAAGGAAACCUGGAUAUGCUGUGCCAUAUUGAUGCUGGCUUUUAACUAAAUAUAUAUGUAUUGUUUAUAUUGACUUGUGCUUACUUUUCAAAGUAAAUGAACAAAUUCAUGGAAAGAAAUUCUAAUGCAAUACAAAGCACAUUUUCUCCAAAAUACCGAUCCCAUCAACAAGGGACUGCUGGUGACAGACUGUAAUUCGAUGUACACCUACAUGAGACUAGAGAAACGAUAACGUGAUAUGGCAACCCACUUUCAGCUUUACAAGAAGAGUACCUUUCCUCCACUUUUGGAUAGUUACCUCCCGGUUCAUUGCAAGAAUCAGAAUGACCCAAACCAGCAAAAGACAGAAACUGACAAAGUGAAGACAAGAAACAACAAACGAGACCUCAGUGAUGAGGAAAAAGAGGAGAUCAUCAAGCAAGCUCUGCAAGAACAGCAUCAUCUUGAAACCUACAAGAAUGUCUAUAAGCUGAAAAAUAUCUUAUGUGAACAUUACAGGACUUUACUGAAUGAGAAAGUUCAAAAGCAACGAAUUCAGAUCAAGAUGUCUAAUCUCAGACUCCAACAGCAUAUUCAACACAAAGGAAAAAAGUAUAUCCGCAGUCACAAAGUGCCCUUUUGCAAAUUGCCUCAUGAUACAAAGUAUUUGGAGUCCAUUCCACAGUCAAGUAGUUACCUGAUAAUUGGAUUGGAGAAUGAAUUAACUAAACUUGGAAUCUUAAAGAACCAGCAAGAUCAUGAAAACUUCUGGAACCUCACCCAGGCGGGCAUUCAUUGUUCAAAGCUGAAAGAAAAGCUUCCAGAUAUAAAAGCAAAAAUGUUUGCUGCUAAGUCUUUGCCUCUCUCUAAUUCAACAAGAACAAAUCCAGCACAGGCUCUUAAUGGUUCAAUAAACAGUAGCAGACUGAAACAAAGCACAGCUUCUCAGCUGCAGCCUCCAACUCAUCAUAUGAACCAACAGAUGGAGUCUCAGCCAGAAAAGGAGCAAAUGUUCCCCAAGUUGCUGCAUUCCUGGCUUUCUGAAGUGCAGAAAAGGCAUGGGGAGCAAUCCAGAACUCAGCAGGCGAACGAAACAUGCACAAGAAACAGGAAACACGAACAGCGUCUUCACUACUUGCACCAUAUGUAUUAUUUUUCUCUUCUAAACAUGGCAUCAUCCAAGAGGCUCCUCAAACAAAAUGGACAAUUUUCAGAUUUCAGAAAAGAGUCGUGUGUCCAUGAUCUGAUGGACUAUUUGUUUCCUAAUUGGCAUGGACAAUCUGCAGUUAAUCACAAGAAAAAGAUGGAAGAAAACACAUUUUUACCUUUAGUAGGUAAGAAGCAGCAGAAGAUGCAUCUUAAUGACUGCUCCAAUGUAUCCAAGGGUUCAAAAGAAAAGAAAAAUAUGUUGAGCCAACAGAGAAAUAAAGAUGUUGCUGAAAAAACUGAUGAUCAAAUACACAACAUCUCUACCUUUGCACAACAUAAAAUGAUUGUUGUGCCUUUAACUCUAGAAGAUGUUGCUCUCUGCUAUCCAGUUCUGGAAGCCAGGCCAUUGGGCAACUACUGGACAAACUAUGCUGAUAAAGACACCAUCAUUACCAGUGAAAAAUAUUAACUAUGAGUCGGGCUCUUUUCAUAACAUGAAAAAAUGUUAUAGAUAAUUGUGGUUAGUAGUUCCACAAGCAUUGUCCGUGUGUUGACCAGUCUGACCAGCCCCCUUUAUUUCCCCUUGCUACCUGUUUCUCUAAUUAAAAGUUGAAAACCAUUUGUUAAAGAUUGUUAAAUUAAUGGUUUGUUUAACAUUGCAGUGCCCAACAUCCUAACAUUGUGCACAUGCUGUCAAAAAAAGGCAUACAUGCAGUCCCUCUGGUACACCCCCACCUCUCUACUUCUUCAUGCAGAAGAGGAGGAAACUGGAAGCUUCCACUUAUUUGCUUUGUUUUGUUUACAUGAUGGCUUGUUUUAAAAAACAACAGGAUACUAAACAAUUAUUUGCUCCUGCUUUGUUUUAAGUAGGCAUAGCUUGCACAAACUGCAGUUUCCCAAGUUUGGAAGCCACAGGGUGCUGUGGUUAGUUCAAAAGCUGUUGAUCUCCUUUCACAUGUGUGGGAGCCCAGGAGGACUCUUAUAGGCUUGUUCACUAUCUAAAGCACAGUUUAGAUUAUUAUCUGAAUGAAGCCAGUGUCAUUCAAAAAAUCAUUCAAAGACUAUUGUAACUAAUAUAGGUUUAACUUGUGAAAAAUAAAUAAAUUGUGAACAGUU